AGGAUUCAAUCAUUUAACAUUCAACAAAAUAUCAUGUGCGUGUGUUUUGUUGUCUUUUGACUUUAGAAGCGCGUGAGUAGAUUUAGAAAAUUAAUGAAAUAAUAUAUAAUUGAGAGUUCAUUCUUGAAUAAUAAAUAAUAUGGUGUCGAGUGAAGAAGAAGCAGAUAUCAAAACUGGAGACACGGUAGAAUGGGACGUCGACAUGGAGAUCCAAUUAUUUUACGCGAUGGCAAACCACAAGCCGGUUGGUAUAAACAAACACUUUCAAAUGGCUUGUAUUUGGGAGAAACUGUCGAAUUCGAUAACUAAAGAGAUAUCAACAAACGAUAUAUGGAGACAUUUAGAAACCUUGUACGAUAUGACAAUGUUGGAUGAUACGGAACCGAUUCCAUUUCCAAAUCACGAAAACGCUUUUAGUUUGCCGGAAAGCGACUUUGGUUUACUGAUGAAACAAAAAUGUAAAGAAAUUAUACUUGCUGAUGAUAGUGAAGAUGGCAGAAGCCCAUCACCAAAAACGUCUACUUCCAGAAGUAAUUCAAGAGGAACCACAUCUAAGGAUAACACCCCAAAAGUUGGCCGCAAAGACAGUAUAAGUGCCCUUGCAACCAAGACUAGAAAGGAAAGUGGCAGUUCCCAUGCUUCUACGGACACACCUAGUAUCAAAUCUGAGAAAGAAUAUGAUCGAAGGAGAGAUUCAAGAGACUCCAAUGCUUCAGGACCACGAGACAAUUCAAUUAGUAGAAAGUCAAUCUCACAAAGAGACAGACCUCCUAAAUCAAAAGUUAACUCAGCCUGGGAUUCGCCAUUAAUCGAUGAAGACAGCAGUUCCCGACGCGGGCGUCGACGAACAAACACAUCAACACCGCCUGCAACAACCCCGGCGAAGCGCCGUCGCAUGUGACAUUCGCACACUCACUCCUACCACCACUUUUUCUGACACACACAGCGCCCAUGGUGGGGUUGGGGUGACCGUAACAGCGUGCGUCCUAGAAGAAAUGCUGUCACCGUGUUUUCCUUCUAAAUGUAUUCUAUAGACUGUCUUUGGUGUUCAGUGGAAAUAAAAAGUGUAAUGAUUCUUUCUUCUUUGUGUAAUUACAAAUUGAUUAUGAGGUAUUAACAAACUAAAUUUUAAUACAAUUCUAUUCCUAUGCUCUUAUGCGAGUGUUUCAAUUAACACAGAUUACAUUUUGUACAUAGCUCUACAAAGCACUAAGAAAUAUUGUCAAAAUUAUAUUCUUUCUGUAUUUACUGAAAGAAAUAGUACUUAGUGUAGUAUUAAUAAAUUAUUGUUGCCAAGCAUGUUACUUAGAUUAUACCUAACUAUUAAAAUA